AUGGACGCCUAUCACUCUGAUCAGAAGGUCCCUCUCCUGAUUCAUUCCUCUGAGUUUACGGAUUUGCAGAACCAGCUUGCGGAUCUGCGGAAUCGUAAUUCCCGGGCUGCCUCGCGAAAACGACGGCUCUUCCGAAGUUUGUUGUUCUUGUUGUGCACUGGUCUCCUCCUUCGGUGGUUCUUUAUGGGUCGAGGCCACGAGCGUUGGGAUCGUCACAGCUACGGGUCGUCAUUGGAUGCUGAUCUGGACAAAAUAUUGCAAGACCAACCCUCCCAGACGGGCCUGCACAUCGGGCAUUGCGCAACCUGGCCGUCGGAGGCGAAUUUACACCCUCCCGGUGACGAGCACAAGUACUCCAUUUACAACACGUUCAAAUUUCCACUCAACCCCAGCACGUUCACCUUCCUCGCGCAAUACGAGUCAAAAAAGCGUGCCGUGGUCAUCCCUGGGUCUCUCAUUAUUGAACAAUCGGCGGACGGUGAUGAUGAUACGGUCACAGUGGAUGUGGUCACUAGGUUCUCUGACUACGCGCUCCUACAACACGUCGACCUCUGCGAAAUUUCGAAAGACGAGGGUGGGGUCGGUGUUGGAUUCUUUUCGCAUGCAUGGCUGGAAAAACCAAGAAAACACAAGGAACACGUUCGUUUCGAUGUGACUGUUCGCCUUCCAGCAUCAUCUUCACCACUCCUCAUCGAGUCGCUCGAAACUGAGUUGCCCCUUUUCUCUCUCUCUCUCGGCGACCUCGCAAACGUGAAUUUCAAGUCGCUGUCCCUCAAGAACGCACUAUUACCGAUUAAUGUCCUGUCUGUAUUCGCAGAAAAGGGCGUGGUCAAAUCAUCAGUUGGUGCAAUUGAAGGCCACUUCACCACCUCUUCCUCCCUUUCACUCGUGACUUCGCUCGCCCCCAUCAAGGUCAGCAUAGAACUCGUAGGGGAUUUGGAAGGUGGCGACGCCAGGGAUGGCCCAGCAAAAGAGUAUACAAUCCUCGCAGCCACCGCUCUAGGCAAAGUCAACGUGAAUUUCACAGACUCCCCCGUCAACAGCCGUCUUCUUCUUAAGGCCAAUUCAACCUUAUCCUCUGUAGACGUUCAACUCCACAGCGCGUAUGAGGGUCGGUUCUUUUUGGAGACGUCCCUUUCACGCCCGGAUGUCGUUGUAAGGGAGGUGGAGGACCCGUCGGGACAGGGAAGGAAGCGACAUAUUGAUAGUAUCCGCGCAAUUAAGGGCAAUAAGAUUGAUGGUGAUGUUAGUUGGUCAGAGGCGGGUAAGGAGCGGGGCGAUGUGCAGAUCUCUUCGGCGUGGGCACCUGUUACUUUGGUUUUGUAAAAUUUUAAUUGUUUCAUUGUUUUUUUUCAUUUCGAGGCUUGCCAUAACUUUUUGGAAAGAGCACACCGUUCUUGACCAAUUCUGGGGAUGUAAACGAAUGAAGUUAUGAAUUAAAGACUCUAAAAAUUCAAACGU